AUGGUUAUUGUCACCACGUCUCUGUUUGCCAACUCAGAGUCUGGUCUUUACCUUGAACCUCUCUCGCCCAACCAGCUCCAGAAAACUGUUCUUUCAAUUCGCUUCUUAUUUCCUCCUCCCACUGUCACCCUUCAGUCCUUGCUAUAUCUUACGCCCCGUAUCCUUACUCGACUCUUCAAUCCCUUUCCCCAUCCACAUAAAACGAUGCCAACCAAGCUCCCAAAGAGACCCACCCUUCGAUGGGACCAACACAAGCGACAGGUGCUUUGCUGUUUGUAUCGAUUCUUUGUUUGCAACAAGAAAGAAACCGAAGAGAUAUUCUCCUACAUAUUUCGCGGUCAUCUAAACCAGCGCGGCAUUCAAGGGUUUGUUCCAUUUGCCACUCUCAACACACAGUGGGUUUGGAUGAAGAACAGGCGUGACCCAGUUUGGUCCCAGGUGCAUAUCAACACCGCAUUUGAAACCGAUGGCGAGUGGAAGGAGGUUAUUACAAAAAUUAGGUCUGCAGCCAAAGUUUUGCGGUUCGAACUCGGUGAGAAGAUGGAGGACAACAUUAAUACAUCGCAUUUGAGUCCUUUGGUGUCCGAUGACGAGCGAAGUAUCACAUUCAAUGAACCCGCCGCGGCAAUGCUUCCGCACUCAUUGUCCACCCCAGAAACUAUCAACCCGAUGGUAUUGUUAUUCUCGAAGCGGGAUCACGUUUUGAAUAGAAUAUCCAGAGACAACCAAAGCCUCGACCAAGAUAUCGACCAGAGCAUCGAUCAGCAGAAUGACGACACUGACCUCCAUAAUGACCUCCACGAUGAUAUCCCCAAUAGACUCCCUGGAUCCACCGAGCCGGUCGUCACCAGCCAUGGAAAACUCUGCCUCUGGUGUGAGCAUGAAGGAAUCACCUACGAUUCCGAGGACAUCCAGAAACCGCAAGACGAAGACUACAACUACGACAGUGAAUAUGAGGAUCACAGUCAUGGAAACCAGAAUAAUAACAGACAAGAUAAUCCGAUUAUGAGAGAGUACACUCAAAGAUUCAAGCAGUUUAUGAGGGAGCUAGACGGUGAAUUUCUUCAUUUGGAUGAAGAAUUGUUUGAUUCAGAGAGCGAGUCCCCGAUAACAUCCCAAGGAAGCCCCUCAAAACUGAGCCCAUUUCGGAUCCCUCGCAUACCCUCACCUUCAGACCUAGAACAAGAUAUUCUAGAUACCGGGAAUAAUUCAGAUUGGUGCGCUGACGGAGGAAGCCCAGCUAAUUUGGCUGAUCUUGGGACUUCGAUCUCAAUGGAAGACCGGAGCGGUGCCCUUGAUGAUGAUCGAAUUUACACAAAAAAGUCUCUGUCCAACUUCCGUUUCCCCCAGAGUCGCACGGCUCACGACGAGGCCCCCGACGGCAGCUUUGGUGGUCAAAGGGUAUUCGAGGAUGGGUGGCCCUCAGAUGAUGAAAUGAGGGUGGAAACCCUGCGCCAAAUGUCCGCGGAAGCUCUCCGCCAGGUUGAAAACCAGUCAAUCACUCAAUUUUCUAGCCAGGAGGAUUUGGAUGUCUUGAUGUAUGAUGGCAAUACCUGGAACCAAGUGUAG